ACGCAGCGACGGCGGAGCCAGUUUCUCGUAGCUGCUCGUGCGGCGGCAGCCUGCGGCGGCAUCGUGUCCGCCGCGUAUAUCUCUCCCUUCAGUAUGAAGCCGACGACCGUGCCAGCUGCAGCGGCUGCACCUGCCGCACCUCCUCGACAACGCGCGACCAUCGCAGCGUGUGCUCCGCCGUGCCUGCGACGCGCGUCCUGCGAUCCUCCUGAUCAUCGACGAGACCCUCGGAAUUCCGUCCCCGUCCCCGAGACGAUCGUCGUCUCCGCGUAAACGCUCCCGAUCGAUCGCCGUACGCUCGGAAGGGGAAUCGACGAUCGCGCGAUUCCUCUCUGCUCCUUCUUCCUUUCCCUUUUUUUUUUGCGUUCGCCUCCCUUCGUUGACGAAGAGUGAAGCUGAGAUUCGCCGAGACGCGUGCUCGUGCACGUGUCGCGCAUCUAGGUGCAUCCGGUACGCGCGGAUGGACGAGUCGCGGGUGAGAAGAACCGUGUGAUACGCGAAGGAGGCGGUGCUCUCGGACUAAAAGUGAAAACUCCGUCCUUCGUCCCUCUUGCCUUCAUCGCCAUCGGUCAUCGGGACUUCCGUCGGUGAUAACCUUGGUAAUUAGGCGAGAACGGGCAGGCUUCGCGGGACGAUCGUUCGUCGCGGCAAGAUUUCAUGAUGCCACCGCCCUAUCAUCGGCAUCGUUGAGCGGUGGGCCCUCGCAAUGGCCUCGAUCUUGGGAGAAGGAACGGGCCCCGGUGGCCCCGGGCCUUCCCGAUGCCUCUUGCUCCUGCAGAGGUCCCUGGCGAUUCAGUUGAUCCGGGGUGCACCUCCACACGUCACAAAUGCCGGCCAAAGUCCAAAGGAACAUCCAGCCGACGAGAUGUGGAUGUACGACAAGGGCUACAAUCUGUUUCAGAGUUUCUUGGAAGCGAAUUCCAAAUGCUGGUGGAACGCGGCCCUGGUGGAUGCGACCCGGCAGCUAAGGUACAAAGGCCACGUGUCGCCGGGUGUGCUGAUGGUUAGCGGACCGCCCUGCGCCCUCGAGGUUUUGAGGGCGGCAUGGGCGCGAAACGUUCUACGACCACCCGCGGACCACUCGAUCACCUGCCUCGGUGAUAUAGAGGACUGUCUAGUGGCACCAGUUUCCCAAGGUCAGUUCACGCCGCUGCCAGAAGCCUUAUGCUGGGCCAUUCUGGAGCUGACUUCCCAGAGGCAGGCGGCAACCUUGGACACCCUCAGAUCAGCCCUGAGGAACGCCUUCCCGGCCAUGCAGAGGCCCAGCCGAGAGCUCGUUUACGACGCGCUUGCCAAGCUGAUGCAAGAACGAAAGAUCUAUCACACGUCCCAGGGCUACUUCGUCGUAACGCCCGAGACCAAGAGGCUUAGACGUGACUCCGGUAGCUCCAGGCGAUGUUCCAGGGACGUGAACGGGUCCAGAGGUCAGGGUAGCAUGCUGAUGAGCAACGACGAGGCGGUGGCACUCGUACAUGGCGAGAUGCUCACUUUGCGAGACGGCGAUGUUACGCAUCAAGCUGUACAGACGAACCUGGCGGACGUUAUUUGCGGAGGAAAUCCCAAUGAUAAAGUCCUGUUCGCCAGGUGUCGGUCGAUGCCCGGCCGCCUCGAGAGGCGACACUCUCUGCGGCUUUGGGGCUCGGCCAGACGUUUACACAGAAGCGGAAGUUCACGGUCCCUACCGCGAAGACCCGAAAGGAGCGACACGUCUUCCAGCGCGGAAUACGCGAGCACGGACAGCGCGCCUCAUAGCCCAACUAGCUUUUCUGGAAUUUUUUCAGAGAAGAUAGGCCUGCUCUCCAGGCUCUUUCGGCGGAGCACAAGGAGGAAGGGCGCACCGUUAAUGGGCACUUUCAGUGCUCAGUAUCCCCCCACCGAGUGGUUUAAUCCGCGCGUCGUGCAUUUGCAUAGCGUUGCCACGCAGACAAGGGCCGCCAGCCCUUCGAUGAUGGAGGGUUUAGACCAGUCACAGGCCAGUUUUCAAGUGUGGGACGACUCGAGCUCAGUGCGAUCAGCCACUUUACCAAGGCGACAUCGGCGUCAACCGAGCGGUGACUCCUCGAGCUUAUUGGCCAAUUCGACGCCAAGAAGUUCCCGAAGGCAUCGAUCACCGUGCUCCACUCUACCAAGAUCGAAAUGCUCCAGCCUGAGCAGAUGCACGUCCAGAGCGUCCGUUUUACCGCCCAGUACCACCAAUCAGGAAGGCUAUCAAGCGCGUAACCAGGCGCAAAAUGAUAAAAAUUCGACAAAUUCGUCACCCAGCAGAAGCGGCGGCAGCUCUGGUUCGGUCAGAACGAUGAACGCGAGUCCGGCUAAAACGACUACGUUGGGUAGGCCUAACACUAGGCAAUCGAACUCUAGAAGACCGAGUCACGACUUCAGCAACGGCGGUACUAAGUCGGUCAACGGUUCUCCACAGCACAAGGUGCUGCAAAAAACUUCGUCGGGUCAUUCGUCUCACUCUAGCGGUAAGUCAAUUUCCAGCACGAAAUUGACUUGUUCGCCAUUGAAAACUGCCACGCUGUCGACGAAAUCGUCACCGCUCAAAGUUGUUCAGCAAGGUUCGCUGACUCCUCUGCAAGAGGCGCAGAACUCUAUAACCCUUCAGGUGUCCACCAAUCUGAGCCCGUCGUCGCAGGAGCAACGGACGAUACAGAAUAGCGUGACGCUGGCCUCCAACACGACAAGCACAACGACCAUUUCCGGCUCGCCCGGCACGAAGAUCUACGUUCAGCAGAACAACUCACCGAUGAGGUCCGUAAUCACUUUCGAGAACGGCACGGUGAAGACGAAGAUUGCCGAGAAGGAAGUCAUCGACUGCAAGGAGAAGCAGGAAAGGGAGUUGGUGGCCGAAAAAGCUUACAAGACCCGGGUGGACGACGAGAAGCUUUUUAAAUCGAAGCUGGAUGACGAGAAGCUGAACAAAUCGGUCAAGGUUGAGCGUCCGUCGUCGCUCUACGCGUCGAAGGAGCCAAAAACAAGUCUUUUAUCGGAAUCUGACAAAGAGAACAAGCCGAAAGUCGAGGAUGAAGUGCUUAACAAGCUCAAGUUGACGAACCGCCUAAACAAUAGCCAGGCUCAUCUUAUCGAUGGCUCGACCAACAACGUCGACAAGAAUGCCCUAGUGCAGGAGGCUGCCGCCUUGUCUACCACGAAGAACACCAAUGACGCGAUGAACAACUCGCGCAAGCUUAGCCUAUCGCUAUCGAAGGACGCGCUCAGUUACCGCAAUCUUCUUCAUCCCGGUUCGAAGAACAAUAUCGCCUCGAAUCCACCGUCACCUACCAAGUCCUACGAUGGCUUCGGCGGAUCUUUCAACGACGUUUACAUCGAGAAUCUCGAAACGGUGAAACAGCAGCGAGCUCCUCAGGGUUCCGAGCCCAAUCUAGAGAAAACCGUGAGCAGAGGCUCGGAUCUGCAUUCCUAUCCCAGCCUCAGCGACAUGCAGGUGCAGUUUACCAGCCUAGCGGCGCAGAAGAUUCUCAAGGGCUGCCCGAUUAACAGCGUGGAUACCUUGGUGGAGGUGAACAUGGCGGCCGCCGAUAAGCCGAACAACUGCGACGUCACCGUUCACACGGAUUUCGGCCUCGUUUGAAUUUCAGCUGAACAUUCCCCCCCCUGAACAUCCGUCGAUUAUCGUACCAUGAGACUGGGACAAGGAGCUGUUGAUCCUUGCGUCCCAUCCAAGCAUAUUGCGUCCAUGAAAAAGAAUGUGCCUAGAGGCGAGCAGUAUCGAAGAAAUGUCACUAACGCCUUGCUUCUCAUACAUGAGGAUAGAGAGCUACUUCUUUUUUUUUUAUUUUUCUUUGUUAGUGAAAAGGCCACAGCUUGCGUAAGAAUAUAUUAUACCCGGAACACGAGUAACAGUUACCAGUGAUCUGUCGCUUAUGUACAUCUCUCCUCUCUGUGUCUUUUAACAAGCGUCCGUUCCCGAACAAUCGCUGUGCGUACCAAUUUUACCGAUAUUGUCCACAUUGGAACUGAUACGAUUAAAUUUUCAAUUUCGUUUAUUAAACAUCGCUUGCCUUACCAAGCAGAAUCUACUUUUUUGAAAGAUGUUAUCUUGGAAAUCAUUUCUCCAUUAUUGCAUCUUUUUAUACAUUAAAUAAAUUAAAUUAUCGUGUAAACCAUGUAAUCGAGUGACAGACGUAUCUUCAUGUUUUGUAACUUGAAAUGGAAAAAUAAUAAAACUGUAGAUCUCUUUCAUUGUCAAGGCAAGCCACAGUCACCGUUUCAUAUUCUCACAAAUGCAGGAUAGACUUUUGGCAACUUUUGGCGAGUACACGUACAUAUUUCCCAAAGUAUAACUUAACUUUUUUCGAGAUAUACCUAAAUUCAAGGGACGUAUCGCAACGUUGUAACAUCGGCGGUUUUGCGUCGCUUUACUCGAGCUAAAGCGAAUUGUCAAAGCGACAUCUCAUGUACAACGAUCACACGCGACGCACUUGGAACAAGGGGUGAAGAAUUAAACACUGCCAUUUUUCUACGCGUACUUAUACUUCGAACACUUUUCAUAUUAAUUUUCAUACCGUCACGGCAAUAAAAAGACCUUCCAGGCCUUCGUAGCAAAGUAAGACUAAAUGGUACAGCGAAGUUUUGUAACGUGAUGUAUAAGCAGGGAGAUUUUUGUAAAAUUUCUUUCGGACGAUAAUAUUGCAAUAAAGCGGGAAACAAUGCCUUUACUAGGUGCGUUAUUAAGCGCGAGCAAUCGAUUAAUUAAUAAGCAAUACCGUCCCCACGAAAUCUGGAAUAUAAAUAGCGAAGAAAAGAUCGAGGACAGUUACGAGGAUUGCGAUUUUCAUCGCACCGUGCACAGCGAAGAUUUGAUAUAAAAAAAAUAUACAUAGUGUAGAAGAAAAGCGAUUUCCUCGAAACGCGACCGGUACCAUUCGCAUUUAGUGCAAUCGUAAAUCUGUAAGUGCCAAAACUUAUCAUAGUACUUAAUAACGACCGCCUUAACGAUUCCGUUCGCACGGCGAUUUCGCGGCGCGUUCACCGCGGCGACGACGGUGACGAUUUCGGUAAACUCAUGCAAACGCGCGAGAAGAAAAGAAAGAAAAUAACGCUAAUCGCGAAGCCGUAGUCUUAGAAAAAAAAAGAUAAGCGAGUAUAUACGGCACGAGAGAAGAGGAAAGAGACAUGCCCGCUUUGUACAUUUUAUAUUCUGUAUUGCAGAUUAACCGAUCGAUGACGCGGAUUCGCGAUCGCCGUUCGUUUUACGUUUCAAAAAAUGCUGACUUUUCGCUUACAUCUUGUGCACCUUCCAUUAAAUUAUCUCUAAUACCAUUGAUUAUAAAAUAUAUAAUUAUGAAACAUAUAUCAGUUCUGUUAUGAUCAUUAUCAAACUUGCAAAUUAUUAUUAUGAGCUAUAACAAUUCGUUACAAUAUUUUCUUAUCUGUUCAAAUUAUUAUUACAUAUAAUAGAUUUUUUUAUAACGAUUCAAUAUAUGAUUUGAAAAAUAUAUAUGGAAUUUUUUUAGCAUCAAUUUGAAUCCGUAGAGAUCGAUGUGGAAUCGAAUUAUUUAUAACUGCAGUUGCGCAGCAUUAAAAAAUUAGGUGAAGAUGUGGAAGAAAGUGUCAACUAGAAUAUCUUAAGGGCGACCAAAGUUUGAUUAACUUAAUGAUUAACGUCAACUCAUCAAGUAAUACUUACUUUGUUAAUAUAAAGAAUUAUUAAUUAUUUAUUAAAUUAUUUUGUAAAUUAGAAUUAUUCAUUUUUAAAUAAAUUAUAAAAACGUGCGCUUUAAGAAAAGAUUAAAUACGACAAAUAAUGCAAUUAAAAAUUUUGCUGCAAGUAAAUUUACUGAUUUGAAUACAUCGUCGAUUAAGUUAACUAAAACUGGAUCGAGAUCGACCUUGAGAUAUAAAGCACUUGUAUUCUCUCGGAAAAGUCUGCGUCUACGAACGACGGAAAUGUUUUCGAAUCCGCGCCUUUUAUUUCUUAUCAAAACUAACUUGUAGAGUAUCAUUGUAUAAUCUUACGUAACACAUUGUAACAACGAAAGUAUAUGAGUAAUAAAAGAGUUGAAAAGGC